GGGAUUUCCAAUGUGAUUGAAAAAGCUGAGACCUCUCUUGGGAUUCCCAGCCCCACAGAAGUUUCGUCAGAAGUGAACAUGCAUGGUGAAGACAGAGAAUUCAAGACUGGUAAGAACAGCCCGAAAGCAGAGAGCAUAACCUCCUCUUCAAGCAGUGGAGCAUUUGGGAUGUUUUCUACCAUCACAAGUGCAGUUCAGAGCACUGGGAAAUCUGUACUGAGUGGCAGUUUGGAUGCACUUGAAUUUAUUGGUAAAAAGACCAUGGAUGUUAUUGCAGAAGGAGAUCCUGGAUUCAAAAAGACAAAAGGACUAAUGUACAGGACAACCACAUUGUCUCAGGUUCUGCGAGAGGCUAAAGAAAGAGAACAGCAACAAACAGGUGAUGAUUUUACUGUGGAUACAGAAAAGAAGGCUCAUUAUGGAAUGUUAUUUGAUGAGUUUCAAGGUCUGUCCCAUCUGGAAGCUUUGGAGAUUUUGUCAAAUGAAAGUGAAGUAAAGGUUAGAUCAGUACUGAAUGCCUUAUCUGGAGAAGAUGUGGAAAAGUUGAAGGAGGAGUUGACAGCCAUAAAAGAAGCUUUUUGUUUGGUUGAAUUUGAUGAUGAGGAUGAAGAAGAGAACAAAGGGGAUGAUGGGUCUGGAUUUGUGAAAGAAUUGUCUGAGUUAUUAUCGGAGAUGAAAAUUGCUACUACGUCUGACAAACUGGGCCAGGCCAGAAAGCACGCUCACAAUCGUAUAAGUGAAAUAGAUGCUAUAUCACCUGCACAAAUAGAAGAUAUGUCAGAAGAUCCAGAGAAGAAAGAGGACAGUGAAAAAUCUAAACCUGAUGAUUUUAGCAAAGGUCAUAAGUUUUCAAUUGAGAGCAUCCACACAUCUGCUAUAAGAAGCCUGGCCGAACUCACUGCACAAUCUAUUGAACAGUUCCAUAAAGUGGCAGUACUAAUUCUUCACGGCCAGAACCAUGAUGUGGCUUCACUGGAUCGUGCCAAAACACUGUCAAAAGUGACAAUUGUCUUAUGUAAGGAAGUGGCUGCUCUUUCUAAACAAUUUACCUCCUGUUUGACAACAAUAGGGGCUAAAGAGAAGGUAGAGGUUCUUAAUCCAUUAAUUACUGGAGUAUUUUUGGAGGCUUCCAAUAGUGCAACCUACAUUCAAGAUGCCUUUCAGCUCCUGCUUCCAGUUCUCCAAAUUUCUGAAAUCGAGGUUCGCUCGGGCAUCACUGUACACUGACUUAUUUUAUUUACCUGAUAUAUGACAUAUUUGUGCAAGUUCUCUGCCAAAACUUUAUCAACAAAUGCAGAUUAUUUAAGGUUGCAUUUUGCCAGUAGUGGAGGCUGUUUUAGACAUGGAUUCUGAUGGGACGUGGAGUUGAACAGAGUGAAGCAAAAGGAAAAAUGCCUGCUCAGAAUAAAACCUAGACAUUUGAUAAGUUUGUGUGUUUUAAAAAAACAACUUUGCUCUCUUUGGUCUGAUUUCUGCAAGAAUGUAUCAUAGGACUCUGAUAUUAAAGUCGGGAUGAGAGUUAGCUCAGACUUCUUGAAAUUAAAGUUUUUGUCUUUAAGUUUCAGAAUGCUUCAUGCUUUUUGUAAUUAAUCGCCUCCAAAUAUAUUUUUCUGUGUCCAGUAUAAAAUAAUACAUAUUUUUUCAGUUAUUACUUACAUUUAUACAAAAUGAAGUGUUAUUGUAAGUAUAUAGUUAUAUGCAAUAUAAAGGACUUAUGUAAAAAUCAAAUAUUUGAGAUCAACCUUUUUAGGCCUAAAAUCAUGGCAUCAACUUUUAACACUGGUAAUCUUUUUUGAGGUGUGGACGUAUAUAUUUGAUGGGCUCCAAGUGAAAUAUGAAAGUAAAUUUUUCAAUGGAAUAGAGUAAGAAGAACAAAAACAACACUAAAGAAUUCAUAUUGAUUAGCUAACUAUUUUUUAUAAUAUUACACACUUGUGUAAAAGUAAAAAUGAAACCUGUUUUAUUUAUAGAUUCUUAUUUUCAUUAGUAUUUAUAUAUUUACAAUAAACUCAAGUCAUUAAUGUCUCCAGCAUUAUAUUUUUGUUCUGAAAUUUUUGGCCAUUGAACCUUCAAAAUCUAGGGUGACUUUCAGAAAGUUGAAAAAUUUUGAUUUUUGGGCCACAAAUUUUGAAGUCAAGUUUACAUGAAAUCAGCUUUUAUAAAAGUAAAUACGGUAAUGGAGAAUGCACAGAAGUGAUUAAACUGGUGGCAGUAUUUCACUAUCGUUUAAUGUUGUGUGCCAGUCUGAUCACUUAACUAAAUGCACUUUUAGAUGCAUUUAAACAUUCUUAUUUUGUACCUCAAACAUUUGAAAUAAUUCAGUGAAUUAUUUUGAAGUACACUAAGCAUUGACCCCUAAAUAAACCAAAAUUUAUACUGUGUGAAAUCCAGGGGAGCAUUGUCCACUGUUCAUCCAGAUGAACUAUUAUUACCGGGGUCUGGGCUGUAUAAUUCCAUAGUUUAAGUUAUUCUGGCACCAUUCAGUGAGCAGCAGGGAGCUCUGUCAGUGUCAUACCUGAUUCAUACUUCAACCAUAACUUUAAAAAAACACAGUCCCUCGUCUUGUGUGUUAAAGCAGAUGCAGUUCAAAGUAAUUCAAUAUACGUGAAAUGCAAUGGUCCAUUGACCUUUUGAUAAAAUAUGCUUUUUUUUUUGUAACUGUUUCUUUGUAAGUCAAGAUAACUUGAUAAUCUGUGUUGAUUUCAGCUCAUAGUUAUGGGUAAAGUAUAUUUGUAGCUGCCACAAGUUGUAGCAUUUGCUUCUCUUCUGUGAAGGAAUAAAGAGGCUUUUGAGUUUUCAA